AGAUCGAUCUGCAGUGGUUCCUCUUCCUCCAGUUUCAACUAUUUUUUUUUUUCCCUAAAACGGACAAAUGGCGAUCCCGAUUGCGAAGCUUCUGAUAUCCGCCAUGGCGGUCUUGAUGCUUGUUUCAUCUUCACUUGCUACCACCGAAGUGCCCUUCAUGGUGGUCCACAAGAAGGCGAGUCUCAACAGGCUUCAAUCCGGCGCCGAACGCGUCUCCGUCUCCAUCGACAUCUUCAACCAAGGAUCCUCGACGGCGUAUGAUGUGACCGUGACAGAUAAUGGCUGGGAUGAAGACAGGUUUGAAGUAGUUAGCGGAAACACUUCAAGAUCAUGGGAAAGACUUGAUGCAGGAGGUAUUCUGUCUCAUUCCUUCGAACUGGAGGCCAAGGCGAAAGGAAUUUACUACGGCGCUUCGGCUGUGGUUACUUUCCGCAUCCCUUCAAAGUCUGCUCUUCAGGAGGCGUACUCAACGCCGAUACUCCCUCUAGACAUCCUGUCUGAGAGACCUCCAGCAAAGAAGUUUGACUGGGCCAAGAGGUUGCUGGCUAAAUACGGAUCGCUCGUCUCGGUGAUAUCAAUGGUGGGUCUGUUUGUAUACCUGGUAGCUACCCCGUCGAAGUCCAGCUCAGCUAAAGCGAGCAGCAAGAAGAAGCGUUGAGUUUGAAGAUGGUAAGGCGAUGUGUUGUUUAUGGUACAAGUUAAACGCAGUUUUUCCUAAUUUGUAGAAGAGUCGUCUUGUCCAGGGAAAGUUUCCAUUGGAGGGAGAGAGAGUUGAGUAGUUGUUGUGGUAUUAAAGACUGAACACCUUUAGCCGUGAGUUCCAGUCGGGCGAGUUUUUUUUUUUUUUUUUUUUUUUUGGAGACGAAAGAAAAGGGUUUUUGUUCUUUCCAAGGCAGUCGUUCACCGCUCCAACUGUUUUAUGCGAACUAAAGUCUUAUUUUGUGGUACAAAGUCUUA